CUGGGAGAACAGCGUGCCAUUAAUUCCCAGUAUUAGCCUGCAAAAAAUUGCGAUCGCGUACGGGAGUAGCUGGCACGGAGAGCUUGUUGCGCGCUUUCGGCUGCCCCGCAGGGUAAGCUCAUUUUCAUGCGCCUCCUAGUCGCGCUACUAUGGUGCCGUCUCGCUGCGCCGCACGCAAACGUGACGACUGUGCAUUUAAGCAUACCUUUCGAGGACGGGGCGCGAACCCUUGUGUGGCGCCGCGCGGCCGAAUCCGCAAAAGAAGCCUGUGCGCGCUUCGCAGCAGAGCAGGGGCUCAACGGAGACGUCCUCCCGGACCUCGAGGCGCUCGUCGCCUCCCAAACGGCGCUGAGAAAGGUCUCACCGUCGCUGUUUGCGGCGCCGAGCUGGUGGCGCCCCGCGGAGGCCGCCGGCACAAUCGCCUUCUUCGGCGGGCACGACGCGAGCGUGGCUGUUGCUGCGGCCGACGGGACCCUGCUGUGCGUGCUGGAGUUGGAGCGGCUCUUUAACGAUCGCUACUACUCGUCGUUUGGUCCCGACGGGGCGACGCCUAGAGAGUCGUUCGACGAGGACUGGCGGCGCGCGCUUCUCGUUAUUCGCGACCGGUCUGAGUGCGCUUAUCCGAGGACCUUCGCGCGCGGCAUCGUCGUGGAGACCGGCGCGUCUCGCUACCGGCUCGAAAAGCUCGUGGAAGAGGUAUUCGACGUAGAAACGUGGCUCGCGUGCGAUCACCACGAGGCCCACGCCAGGCUUGGUUUUUUCGCGUCGCCGUUCGCGUCCGCUUUGAUCGUCUCGUACGACGGCGGCGGGAACGACGGUCAUUUCAACGUAUAUGUGGGCCGGCGGAAUCAGCUGGAGCGGGUCGGGCGCUUGGACUACUCGCUGGGCCAGACGUAUUUAACGGUAGGGAGUCUGCUGCGCGAGGUCACGAAUGAUCAGACGUCGCCGACGCUCCGGGACUUCUGCGCAUUUGCUAAAGGUGAAAAACCAACUUUCAGUUGGAACGCGCACCCGAAGCCCCUCGCCCUCGCCGGCAAGCUCAUGGGCUACGCCGCGACCGGAUCCGUCAGAGACGAUCUCCGCGCGGCCGCGCGGGGGUUGUUGCUGGCGAAGCCAGCGGAUCUCUGGCGGGACGAACAUCGCAACGGCGUGUCCCGAGCGCUCGCGGAGGCCGUCUGCGGCGAAGAUAUGCAGGGAGGGCGCGACUUCGCGGCGACAGCACAAAACGAGUACGAGGGCUUCGUCCUCGAGGUCGUCUCCACGUUAUUGGAGCGCGCGGGCGGUCCCGGAGCGGUCGACGGCGUCGUGUUGGCCGGGGGUUGCGGUCUGAACGUGCGGGCGAACCAGCGCGUCUUCGACGAGCUCGGUGCAGCGGUGUACGUCGCUCCGGCGCCGAACGACGCGGGCCUCGCCGCGGGCGCCGCCUGGAAGGUGACGCCGCCGCCGCGAAGGCCAGCGCGACCGCAGCACCUUGGUUUCGGGCUAUGGGACGGCCCGGACCUCGCGGACGCCGCCGCGGCGCGCGGCGCGCGGAACCUGACGGAGCUCGGCGGCGUCGAGUACCUGGCGGCGCUGCUCAACGGCGCUCACACGAGUGGCGCGAAGCCGAUCGUCGCCGUCGUCCGCGGGCGCCAGGAGUUCGGACCAAGGGCACUCGGGAGGCGGAGCUUGUUGGCGGUGCCGGACUCGGUCGAUGCGCGCAACCGUUUGAAUCGACUCAAGCGCCGCCAGUGGUACCGGCCCGUCGCGCCGAUGGUCGCCGAGGAGGCCAUGGCCGACGCCUUCGGCCGAAGCGUGCCGUCGCCCUAUAUGACCAUGGCGCCAGACGUUUCGCCACCGAUCGCGCGCGCGUUCCCGGCGCUCGCUCACCUCGACGGCACAGCGCGCCACCAGUCCGUCGCCCGGAGGGACGACGCGUGGCUCCACGCGCUUCUGCGGGCCGUCGGCAAGCGGACCGGUCUGGCGGCGUUGAUCAACACCUCCUUCAACACACGCGGCAAACCCAUCUGCAAUACGCUCAAGGAGGCGUUGACCAUUCUCGACGAAGAGCCGGACCUCGACUACCUCCUCGUCGACGACUGGCUCUUCGCCAAGUCCGCCACUCCCAGGGGCGGCAGGGAACUCUAAACAACG